UUCACUAGGGAGUUGUAUCUUCCCUCAGACAGCCCUCAAUCAUCGUAUACCUGCAGGCGUCAGAGCAACCCUGUGCCUUUAAGGAACAGGUAACGUCCACUUUUGUAAUCUGAUCAGUGCUUUUGAAUAAAUGAUGGGGCCUGCUUCUGGGCUGACCGUUCCCAGAGCUCCCUGUCCGACUCCACACCUCAGCAAUUGACAAGCACAACAACACACAAGCCCUCAGACAGAAGAGAGCUACUGCAGGACCCCUCGGAGAGCCCUGGACUUUAUGAUGACUCCAGAGUAUGAUUACCUGUUCAAGCUGCUUCUCAUAGGAGACUCAGGAGUUGGCAAGUCAUGUCUUCUUUUGCGGUUUGCGGAUGACACCUACACAGAGAGCUACAUCAGCACCAUCGGGGUCGACUUCAAGAUCAGAACCAUCGAGAUGGAUGGCAAGACAGUCAAGCUACAGAUUUGGGACACAGCCGGGCAGGAACGAUUCCGCACCAUCACCUCCAGCUACUACAGAGGGGCACACGGGAUCAUCAUCGUAUACGAUGUUACUGACCAGGAGUCUUUCAACAAUGUGAAACAGUGGUUGGAGGAGAUUGACCGCUACGCCUGUGAAAACGUCUCCAAGCUGCUGGUGGGCAACAAAUGCGACCUGGUCUCCAGAAAGGUGGUGGAUUUCAGCAGUGCAAAGGAAUUCGCCACAUCACUCAAAAUCCAGAUUCUAGAAACCAGCGCCAAGAAUGCCAGCAAUGUGGAGAAGGCCUUUCUCACCAUGGCUUCUGAGAUCCAGAAAAGGGUUGGCAGUGAGAGUGUACAGAAUGAGACUGUGAAGAUGGGCUCGAAAAUCAACAGUGCCCCCCUCUGGCCUGGUGGAGAAAAGCAAGCAGAAGAGGCCAACUCUUGUUGUUGAUGGAGAUCCACAAAGUCAAUCCAUUUCCUUUGGCUUUUGGUAGGAGUGAGAGAGGAACUGUCUGUGUGACCAUUUUGAAAGUAGUUUGUAUUCUUCUGAUGUUUUAUUCAAGUGAACAAUCCAUCCACCCGUGAGUACUUGUGCACAUUGUUAGGCAAUACAUCAUAAUGCAAUUUAAAAUACUGAUAUAGUUGUACUUUGAUCAUUGUAGAAAAGGCAGUUGCAGUGCUCAAGUUGUCUUCUUUCGUCAGAAUUCAUUUUUAUUGAAUAUUAAUAAUUCAGUACAAUGACACAUGUUGAAGAAAUACAAGGCUUAAGUGACAUCACCAGUCCAUGUCUUCCACAGGAAUUGGGUCAUUAAAAUUGUAAAGUUAUAGUCCCCAUUAUUCUCUUUGCAGUGAAGUUUAAUACAGAUUUUU